AUGAGGACAUCCGUGAUGUUGCGGGCGCUUGUUCUGGCUCUCUGUCUCGGUCUCACCACCGCGAAGGCGUCCCCAGGGGUGUGCGUCAACCACCAGGGCGUCCCGUCGUUCGCGCUCGCGGGCAAGCCUCCCGCGAAGGGCAAGGGCCUGACGUUCUGCGAGGAGUACCGCGAGGAGACGUGCUGCGACGCCAAGACGACGGACAACGUUCGACGUGUCGCGGCGCACAUGCAGCUCGGAGGGUUCAAGAUCCAAUGCCGCGAGGCGUGGACGCAGCUCGAGUGCUCCAUAUGCGAUCCCCGCGCGGGUAUCACGUCGAAGACCAAGGUGUGCGCGCAUCAGUGCGAUGCCAUAUACCGCGCGUGCAAGGACGAUUAUUUCACCGAGGACAAGCUGCAGCGGCUCACGCCGUGCAGGUCAAGCGACACCAUCUGCACCAAGCUGAGCGAGUGGGCGGACGACAUGGGCGGCGGGCAGAUGUGCGAGGACGCGGGGUACGAGGUUGUAUCCGCGGGUAAAUCCAAGGCGGAUGGCGGUUGGUGCUUCGACGGCUCGAACGUACCCAAAGCCGGCGCCUCGCAGAGGGAAGGGCAGCUUCGCUGGGGAGAUUGCCAAAAGCGGGUUUUACCUCGUAGUCGCGGCAGUCUUAGUCCUGGGGUACUACGCUAUGAGGGCGUACGCCGGGAAUAG